AACGUCAAAAAAAACAAAAAAAAACCCAGGACAGUGAGGCCCAUUACACACUAGUUAUAAAUAUCAUCUACACAUAUUGCUCCACUGCUUUUCAACAAAUCGGAUCUAGGGUUAUUACAGAGAAGAUGCCGAGGUAUGAUGAUCGGUAUGGUGGUACACGCCUAUAUGUUGGACAUUUGUCUUCCCGAACGCGAUCUCGAGACUUGGAGGAUGUCUUUAGCAGAUACGGGAGAGUACGUGAUGUGGAUAUGAAGCGUGACUAUGCUUUUGUGGAAUUUAGUGAUCCUCGAGAUGCCGAUGAUGCAAGAUACGGCUUAAACGGGCGGGACGUUGAUGGAAGCCGCCUUAUUGUGGAGUUCGCAAAAGGGGUGCCUCGUGGUCCAGGUGGAUCCCGAGAAUUUGUCGGCAGAGGUCCUCCCCCAGGUACAGGUCGUUGCUUUAAUUGUGGAAUUGAUGGCCAUUGGGCUCGAGAUUGUAAGGCUGGAGACUGGAAGAACAAGUGUUACCGCUGUGGAGAUCGAGGUCAUAUAGAAAGAAACUGUCAGAAUAGCCCCAGGAAAAUGAAACGUGGACGAAGUUAUUCCCGCUCGCCAUCUCCUAGUCGUGGCAGAAGUCGCAGUCGCAGCCGCAGCCGUAGUUACAGCAGGGGUCGCAGCUACAGCCGAUCCAGGUCGCCCGUGAAGAGGGACCGUAGCAUUGAGCAUGAAGAGAGAAGAUCAAGGAGUCCUCGCCAUCGUAGAUCAUCACCACCUCCAUCAAAGGGAAGGAAACACAGCCCUUCACCCGACGAAAGAAGUCCACAAGAGAGAGGUACGCCAUCACCAAGGGACGAUAGAGCAACCAAUGGUUCCGACCGUAGCAGGAGCCCUAAAGAUGACGCUAGAAUGGAUGACCCGAGAGACAUGAGCCCUGUUGAAGAAAAUGGCCGCAGUCGCAGCAAUAGCCCCAUCCAUAGGGACAACGGACGCCCAGUGGAGGAUGGAAGCCCAACGGGUGAUUAUGAAAAUCAUGGUUCUCCAGGGGGUUCUCCUAGAGGCAGUGAGUCGCCUUAAAAAGGUGCAUAUGAUCGUGAAGUUCAUAGGGCGAGAGUGUGUGUUCAUCCACAAGUAACUACCGCCCUUCCAUUUCGAUUUUUAUAGUACUUUUUCUUUAUAUUUGGAAACCAUGUCAUUGAAUUUCUCAAAUGACCUGAAUUUGAAGCUGUCUUGCACAUUGUAUGUUCUUUCUUUGAGACGAACACUUCUCGGAAGUGGUUUGACUAUAGGAUCGUAAAGAUAGU